AUGUCGGACUCGGAUAGUCAAAACGUUUCGGUCGCGGACUACGACAAUACGCUCGAGCAAAGCAGCGAGGAGGUGGACAUCAUGUCCUAUUCUCCAGAGGUCGGGCAACGACCGCCGCCAGCGCCCGAGCGAGCCCCCGAGCCAGAAGAAUCCACCAGCUCGUCGGAGACGUCGGGGUCGAGCUCCAGCAGGUCGGGGAACGAAGAAACGUCUACGAGCGGACGGAAUUCCCCGGCCGAGGACGUCCGAGGAACGCCGCUGAGGGUAAUAGGGGAUUACCCUCAGGUCGAGCCUGAAGAAGAACAUCAGGCUAACGAAGCAGAGGCCGUUGAAGGAAGUCCGGCCGAGCCGGCCGCGCCACGCGGGGACGGGUACGAGUUCCUCAACAGCGAAAGCGUGGAAGGCCAUAAGAGCUUGCUGACCAACGGGGAGGCAAGCAGGAUUGCGGCGGUUCUCGCUGCAAUGGCCGGUUUCGGAGAUGAGGAUGUCCCCAUGCGCCCGGUGGCCAAGAUUUCGCUUGGCAAGAAGAAGGGCCAAGCCAAGCCGGCCGGGGAGAAGGAGAUCCCAGUUGUCCGACCCAUUGGGGCGUCGACCAUCACCACGACCGAAGGCUUCGUGGUGGACGCCUCAGAGGUCUUAGUUUCCCGAGUGGCGGUCGGGAAGGGGAAGGAGAAGGUGGCAGAGAAGACCACUGCAGAGACCGGGGCCUUGAAGCGGCGCCGGGAACAACACAGCCCGACCCCAUCGGGCGGGGGCAGCAGAGGCGGAUCGUCGAUCCUUGCUCGGAUCGGGAACGUCGGGUCGGCCAAGGAAGACUUUUCCAAGCUGACCCCGAGCCAGGUAGCCGAGAAGAUCGGCUACGACCUGGCUGAGAUCUCCCGAGCGACCCAGUUUCUUCAGCAACGGGCCCUUCAGGCCAACGAAGCUGAGGGCUUGAAGAAGGUCGCCAACCAGCGGCUGCAGGAGAUCCGGGAGCUGGAGGCUCAGCUGAAGAAGGCCAAGGCCGAGCGAGACCUCUCCGAGCAGGUCGCCCAACAGGCGAUCGGGGAGGCGGCCGAGCUCAAGGCUCGACAAAACGAUCCGGAUAAGCUCGCCCAAUAUCUUUUCCAAGAUGCCAAGUCGGGCGAUCGCUUUCUCCAGUCCGUUCGGGGCACAGAGGUCGGGGAGAAGCUGAUAUGGACGUUCGGCCGGUGGGCGUACAAGGCCGGUCAACGUAAAAUGAGGGACCAGACCAGGAAAAUUAUGGAGCAGGCCCUUGAAGGGGAUGACCUCCAACUGGUCCUGACCACGCUCCCCGACGAAGUACCCGACCCCGGUCCAGCGCCUUUUGAUCCGAAGGAGCGGACUAAGGUGAGCGGAGCCGACGCCGCUCCGGGCGGAGAAGACUUACCGAAGAAGGCCGAUGCCGAGAGCUCGAAGAAGUAG